AUGGCCUCACCGUUAUGUGGGCUCGACAGUCCUAUCACCCCGGUCAGUGUCGGUGCUGAUGGUCUUCCUUCCUCCAAGCGGUCGACUGCUCUGACCGCGAAACUCACCAGCGUUCUCUCGGUCUCUUACGCCGACUAUGAGACCCGCGAUGCGUUGCGACUCCUCGACGAGCGAGGCGUCCAAAAUAAUGAGGAGACAAGGAGGAACUUGAAGGCCAACGCACAGAAAGAGGUGAUUGAUUGCAAUGCGAAGAUCGUGGAUGAUUUUGGCGUGGUUGCGCAGCAACUCAAACGCGUUGGGACCUUGCUCGCAACCCUCAAUGCCACCUGCGACUCAAUGCGCACACAUAUUCUCGCGGCGAAACAAGAGUCAGCACCCACACUCGAAGAAUUCUCCACUCUCCUAACGCGCAAACGAGAUGUCGAAAUGAAAGAUUCACUCCUGACUGCAUUCUCCAACCACUUCCUUAUCUCCAAUCAAGAUCUAAAUAUCCUGACCAGCUCCGCGGAACCGCUUGAUGAACGCUUCUUCACGAUCCUGGCGAGGUGUAAACAAAUCCACAAGGACUGCGAAUUUCUAUUGGGAUACAACUCCUCGCCAGACGGCGAGGAAUCAUCGUCACGGCUGGGAUUGGAAUUGCUCGAACAAACGACCCGCAACCUGGAUGCGGCCUUCAAAAAGCUCUACAAUUGGAUCCAGCGAGAAUUCAAGACGCUUGAUCUCGAAGACCCCAAUAUCAGCGGCUCAAUCCGUCACGCGUUGAGAGUGCUUAGCGAGAGGCCGAGUUUAUUCCAGAACUGCCUCGAUUUCUUUGCCGAAGCGAGACGAACUACAUUAGCGGAGGCGUUCCAGGAAGCCCUGACGGGUUCUGGCCGGGCAGGGACGAAAGCGAUUGAAUUUUCCACACACGAACCGUUACGAUAUAUAGGCGAUAUGCUUGCGUGGAUGCAUUCCGCUGCUGUUUCGGAGAAAGAAGCUCUCGAGGGGCUCUUUGUGUCUGAUGCGGAUGAGAUUUCGCGGAGUUUAAGUGCCGGGAAGGCGACCGAGCCGUGGGCGCGGAUCAACCGUGGACGACGAGAGAGCGUGUCAUCUACGUCCAGCACAGAAGUGGAGAAAGACGAAGACACGCAGCCGGUCUUUGACGGUCGCAAAGCGCUGUCUGAACUCAUCUCGCGCAAUCUCUCCCUCGUCUCUCAAACCCUGCAAUCACGGAUUGACGUUGCCGUGCGGACUUCGGGCGAUCCUGUGCUCAUGUUCAAGACAUUCAACCUUCUGGACUUUUACCGCGGAAUCUUCUCAAAGCUACUCGGCCCGAACUCAUCUCUUGCCCUGCUCGUUCAGGCUCUCCAAUCAUCGACGCUGUCACAGUUUGAAAAGGCAAUGGAAGAAGAGACCACGACCGCCGUUGGAAGCAUGGAUUCAGAGGCGCCGCAGGAUCUAACGCCGCCCGUGUUCCUGGCCACGGCGUUGACACAGUUCUACGACGUGUGUCGCGCGAGGGGUCCACAGAUGAGUGAGCUCGAACUUGAGCGGCUUUUUUCGUCCAUGUUGAUCAAAAUAUUAGCUGCAUGCGCUGAGUCUGCAACCAACAUUGCCGACGUGCGAAGUGGUAGCAUCUACAAGAUCAACUACUUGACCGCGCUGAAAGCGACGUUGGCAAACGUGUCGGCGCACGUUCCAACUGCGCAGAUCCCACUAGAGAAAGCAACUAGGGAGAUUCAGCUGGUGAGAGAUCAAUUAGUGGAAUUCGUCACGACGACAUUCUUAGAGUUUUCCGGCGUUGCAGAGCUCAUGCAGGAGAUUGAUUCACGCAGGAGUCAAGGUCUAAAGGCAAGGAAGGAGUGGCUCGUCCAAAACCUAGACCAGGCGGCGCAACGACUGGAUGAGUUCCUCUCUUCGGCUCUCAUGGAUGCGCAGGAAGCAAUGAAGAAUCUAUUUGACCGCACAUUGGCCCAGGAUGUGGUGGCCGAAGCCGUGGAGAGGUUUUGCGCCGAAUACGAUGAAUUGGAGGGCAUGUUGGAGACCAUCGAUGCUGAGACUUCCCCACCAGCUAACGAAGGUGAUGGCGGCGACGAUGAGGAUGAUGAGAAGUUCGACGACGACGGGGACAAGAGCGUCACUGAUCUGAUUGGGUCAGUGAGAGAAUUGUAUCCGAGGACUGGGGCGGAAGUACGAGCUCUUCUGAGCUGA